AUGGCAGGCACGGACUGGGGAAACCAAACUGCCAUCACAAAAUUCAUCCUCCUGGGAUUCGGGAAUCUCCCUGACCUGCAAAUUCUUCUCUUCCUGAUGUUCCUAGUGAUUUGCAUCGCAACUGUGGCUGGGAACACCCUCAUCAUUGUGCUGGUUGUAGCUGAUCAGCACCUGCACACCCCCAUGUACUUCUUCCUGGGGAACUUGUCCUGGUUGGAGAUCUGCUACAGCUCCACUAUCCUGCCCAGGAUGCUGGCCAGUCUCCUGACUGGGGACAGAACCAUUUCUGUCAGUGGCUGCAUCACACAACUGUACUUCUUUGGUCUUCUGGCAUCCUCAGAAUGCUAUCUGCUAGCAGCCAUGUCUUAUGAUCGGUAUUUAGCAAUAUGUAAACCCUUGCAUUAUUCAACUCUUAUGAAUACCAGGUUUUGCCUCCAUUUGGUUGCUGGGUCCUGGUUAAAUGGUUGUUUGGCUACUACCAUGUUGGUAUUAUUCAUGUCACAGUUCAUAUUCUGUGGCCCAAAUGAAAUUGACCAUUUCUAUUGUGAAUCCCUCCCAUUGAUAAUACUCACCUGUGGGGACACACACCUGAUCGUAUUGCUGGAUUUCCUAUUUGCCUGUGUAUUCACUCUGCCUCCAUUUCUACUAACCCUGAUGUCCUAUAUUUGUAUCAUCGCUGCGAUCCUGAGAAUCCCUUCCAGCACCGGAAGGCAAAAGGCAUUUUCCACCUGCUCCUCCCACCUCAUUGUGGUGACAUUUUUCUAUGGAACAAUAAUGAUUGUGUACAUGCUCCUCAACCGUGAUACACUGAGCAACCUGAACAAAGUGCUCUCUCUUUGCUACACAGUCCUGACUCCCCUGCUUAACCCCCUCAUCUACAGCCUGAGAAACAGAGAGGUCAGGGAAGCCUUGAGCAAAGCCGUCAGUAAAUAUGGCUUUCACAAAGAAUUGCAGAGAAUCCUAGAUAAUAACUAA